AUGAAGUCUCUCGGCCAGAACCCUUCCGACUCGGAGUUGCAGGACAUGAUCAAUGAAGUCGACGCCGAUCACUCCGGCAGCAUAGAUUUUGAUGAAUUCCUCAAGAUGAUGUCCACGACUGUCAAAGCCCAGGACUUCGCGCACGAGACCCGCGCGGCAUUCAACGUCUUCGACAAGGACGGCUCCGGUACAAUCUCCGCAGAUGAACUGCGCCAGGUGAUGAAGUCGCUCGGUGAGAACUUGACCGACGAGGAGAUCGACGAGAUGAUCCGUGAGGCGGACAAGGACAGCAACGGAACGAUAGAUUGUGGGUUUCCCUUCCUGCUUUCGGUGCAGUUGUCCCACCCGUGGUCGCUGGCCUCCGAUGGGUACAUCUUAUCAUUAAAUGAUGUUGUCAAAUCAAGCUUGAUCAAGGGCCAAUGCUGA